GUGUGUGUGUGUGUGUGUGUGUGUGUGUGUGUGUGUGGUUUGGGCGUGUUACCCUCUCUGAAUAGCUCUUUUAUUUUGAAGUUUCUCUGAGUUGUUCUUCAGUGCUGAGCCUUGUUCUUAGUUCUCAGUCAUGUCGAGCAUCAGCGCCCCUCACAGCAGCUUGGUCCUCGCCCAGAAGGCCGUGAAGCAGCUUCGUCUGGAGGCCAGCGUGCGUCGGAUCAAGGUUUCUCAGGCAGCUGCAGAACUGAAGACCUUCUGCCUGCAGAACGCCCACAAAGACCCCCUCCUCACCGGGGUGCCCUCCAGUGAUAACCCCUUCAGGCCCCCCAAAUCAUGCAUCCUCCUCUGACACCUGUGAAAGAGUGCAAAAAAACAGACGCCUGAUCACUGUGGAUUUCUGUCAUGUGCCCCGAUGCCUCUGAAGAAAAGGAAGACAAGAACAAACACACACACCCCAAACACUGAAGUGUUGUUUAUGUCAGACUGCAUCAAAAUAUCCCUUUUAAAGAGUUCCAAAAAUUCUGAAUGCAAAAUGUUUCUAUUUAGCUCUUUUUGAAGAAAUGUUGAUUCCUGUAAUUAUUUUUGAAACACAGGAGCCUCUAAAUGCCAUUUUGUGCACGCUAGGCAAAUACAAUCUAUAAAGCAGAAUGAACUCUUGAAAACAAGAGGAAGCAAAAUCGACAAACUAAUGUACAUGGAUGGGAAGUCGCACUAUUCACCAUUAAAAGCCACAUGUUUGUUUCUGUCCUCUGUCUUUGAAGCUUUGAAUCUUAGUUUUUUAAAACAAUAUAACCUAUACCAAUCUUCGAAUUUACUGCAAAUCAUUAUUAUUUCCUGCUAAAAUAAGAUCACACAAAUCGUGUUUUUAGUUAUGGUUGCAAGACAUUUCACAUCGACUCACAAUGACUUGUGUUCAAAACAUACUAGAAUAGAGCAUACAACUUAUAUAAAUUACUGUGAAAGGAGCAGUUCCUUGAUAUAUAUAAAUAUACAUUUGCAUCAUUGAAUAACCAAUACAUGUUUUACAGUGAUUAUAACAACUAUUACAAUGUCAUAAUAUCCUGCCUGCCAUUGAUGACCUUUAUACAGAAUGUCGUGAUUACACACCGCUUUGCUUGCAUCUGUAGCACGUUGAUGAUUAAGAUGCUGCUACAUGUUUGUAUAUACUAUUAGUUCAUUAAAUUAUU